AUGAGGAAUAUGGAAAGUAAGAUAAUGAACCUAGUGUUUGCAUUCGGAAUAUUACCUAUUUACAUGUGCACUGCCCAGUCGCCGGGCAUCAACCCUAACAUUUUAACUCAAUCAAAUAAUUUGGGUGAAUGUCAAGCAUGCAAAAUUUUCGUAGAAUCAUUUAAAAAUGGCUUGGAGCGGACAACGAGGGGUAAAUACGAGGGUGGUGAUGCUGCAUGGGAGGAGGAGAAGCUAAAACAGUCUUAUAAACGUAGUGAAAUGCGCCUUAUCGAUAUUCAAGACGGCAUAUGCAAAGAGGAGAAAAAACAUUCUAUCCAAUGCCACCAUAUGGCUGAAAAAGCAGAAGAUUUUAUUGAGUCCUGGUGGGCACAGAACCCAGACGAAUCUGCUGACUUAUUUCAAUAUAUUUGUAUAGACAAUCUACGUGUGUGUUGCCCUCAACAUCACUAUGGAAAAUACUGUACACCAUGCCCUGGUGACCAUGAGAAGUUAUGCAGUGGUAAUGGGAAAUGUCGUGGUGAUGGGACAAGGAAAGGAAACGGAACUUGCCUCUGUGAUAUCGGUUAUACAGGGGACCACUGUAAUGAAUGCUUGCCUGGUUACUACACAUCUUAUAAGGAUGAAAAUAAAAUGCUCUGCUCGCAAUGUCAUCAAGCUUGUAUGGGCGGCUGUAGGGCUGGCACACAUAAAGACUGUGUAGCCUGUAGACAAGGAUUUGUAUUUGAUUCCGAUGAAGGUUGUUUAGACAUUAACGAAUGUGAUGAUUUGGAUCGUUGCUCAAAGGAUCAAUUCUGCAUGAAUUCCAUUGGUUCCUUUACUUGUAUGACUUGUGAUAAGUCCUGUGAGAGUUGUCACGGAGAUGGCCCUGAUAUGUGCAGGAAAUGUGCUGAAGGAUAUUCAAAGAAAGGAGAGUUUUGUAUAGCAGAUAGAGAGGAUGAAGAUCAAUCAGAAAAGUUGACAACCACAAGGUAA